CGCCGCGGCGAGCAGGUACUGACCGUGAAAAUGAUGUCGAAGCGGAUGAGCGGGCUGGUGACAGCCAUUGUGGGCUGGGUGGCCACCAUCAUCAUCUGUGCCCUGCCCAUGUGGAGGGUGACAACCUGCUCGAGCUCCACCACCAUGGCGCCCCAGUCGUACUCCGACGGGCUGUGGGUGACCUGCUCCUACGAUGGCACGGGGCAGUGCAGGAGCUACAGCUCCCUGCUGGAGAUCACCCCCGACCUGCAAGUUGCCCGUGUCAUGGUGGUCACCUCCCUCAUCACGGCCUUCGCCAGCCUCCUCAUCUCCGUCGUGGGCCGAGACUUCGGCAGCUGCAUGGGUGGCGUUGACAAGAACAGGUACACCGCGGUGUCAGGCGCCUUGUUUUUCACGGCCGGCGUCCUGAUCCUCGUCCCUAUCGCCUGGACCACCAGCAACAUCAUCAACAACUUCUACACCCCCAUGUCGGCCGAGGCCGUCAGUAGAGAGCUGGGGGCUGCCAUCUACAUCGGCUGGAUCGCUGUUCUCCUCUUGCUCUCCGGUGGGAUUAUCCUGAGCCGCUUGGGAACCCAGUCCCAGCAGGAUUCCUACGCCAAGAAUUACAGAGGGGUGAAAACCUGUGGUCCAACGGGCUACCCCAUGAAGGACUACGUGUGAGCCCCUGUGCCCAGGUGCCAGACCAAGGGAGAGCACCACUGUCCCUGCCCUGCUUCCCUGUACCACCCCAUCCCCACCCCC